GUUCCAUUUGACGAGCUGCCUAGCAUCAUGUCUACGGACGGGUUUUCAGACCAUGACGACACGGAUUUCAUAAGCCAGUUUCAGGCUAUGGCAAAAAAUCUUACUUCAGGUAUUUUGGUUUGUGACUCACUCUCGUCUCUAGAGAAUUUUUCUGGUUACCCUGAGACCGCGACCGAUAACAGUGAAAUGAACAACACAUCUGAUCAACCAGAAUGCAUCAAAAAGUGGGCAAUUGAAUUUGAGGAACGCAUUCGAAUCAAAGAUGGCAACGAACAGAAAAAGCUGUCACUUCUUGAAGAGCAAGGUUCGAAGGAUCUACACAACUGGGCAAUGCAGUAUCGUGAAUCGCUGUCACGUGCGAUAAAGGACAGUCGAGCCCACGAGAAAGAGCUGCGUGCUGAACAAACGGCGGCCGCAGAAGCAUCUUCCUCCAUCUCUGGUGCGGAUGCUAGUCAGGCUGUAUUGUGGGACCGUGUGUGUCAGUUGUGCAACUUCGUGUCUCCAAACCCUGAGGAUGGUUCCGGUACACCACCUGUUUCACGUCACCCGGGCACUAAGGAUCCAUCCAAAGACUUGAAUAGGAUGCGGAUUUUAUUGCUACAACUUAAGCAGCAGCCACCAGUCAUUCAUCGGAAUGCCAUUCAUGCGAAUUAGGUGUGAUUUGGCUUCAUGCUGUUCAAACUAGCCGUUUGACUUGCACCUUAUCCGCGAAGUUUUAUUCGACCAAUCAUGUAACAGCUUUUCGUUGUCUUUUACCGUUGUGUUGUCUCCACUUCCCCAUCUGUGAUGUUAUAGUGCAAUAUGAAACCAGUGUCGCGUAAUCUUGCGUUCACAUGUAAUGGUACACAAACGCGGUCGGAAAGUCGAGUGAUUGGGACAGUUACCAAUAAGGUCCCUGCUCUUAUUUAUCGACGGCGUGCUAAUGCCUCUGUAACAAGUUUUUUGCAAGUAGUGUAUGUAUAAUAAUACUGGAUUGUUC